AUGGUGAUCAUUAAUACGGCUUCACUUGUCUCAGUUUGCGAUGCUUUGCUGCGGCUGGCUGCAGUUGUUGAUGCGCGCUCGCUGCGAGGGGCCCUGCGAGACAGCAUACAGGAGCUGCUUCCCAGCACGGAGUGUGUAUGUGUCUACAUGCUGGAAGGGGGCUCAAGGCUGCUGUCUGAUGACCCACCACAUGAACUGCCUAAGGAGGGAACGAUCAGGUGUGUUCCGUUUGUGUGCCUGUGCGACAAGCGGCAGAUGCUUCGUCCCGGUAAAUCGCAUUGAAACAUUGCGGACCAGCUGAAGCGGUGUCAGUGUGCUGGCCUUCCUUCCUCUGAAGUGCCAGAAACAUUCCGAACCUGCCUCGCAGCACCGUUACCAGCACACAGAAGAGCUGUUGUAAUUCCUGUCUUGGAUCAGUUUCAGGACAAGGUCCUUGCUGUUUUACUGGUUGGCUGUAGCCCACCGUCGGAUCAAGAGGAACUGAAUCUAAAUGUGCUGGAGAAACAUGCGUCUGUGGCGUGUGUGCGAGUCUAUGCGGUUCAGGCAUCCUAUCAGAGGCCGCCUCUCAGCCCUUCACCACUGCAGUCCCACAAUGCUCUGCUGCACCUCAACGUCUCGGAGCAGGACUACUGCGAGCUGGACCGCAACAUACUGCAGCUCUGUGGUGAGCUCUAUGACCUUGAUGCAGCCUCUCUGCAGCUCAAAGUCAUCAAUUAUCUGCAGCAGCAGACGCAGUCACAGUGCUGUUGUUUGCUACUGGUAUCUGAGGAUAACCACCAGCUAUUUUGCCAGGUGGUUGGAGACAAAGUCCUGGAGGAGGAGAUCAGCUUCCCGCUGAUGUUUGGACGAUUCGGCCAAGUUGUAGAAAAGAAGAAGUCAAUCUCUCUUCAAGACAUCAGUGCUGUAAGAUUGUCAAUCCAUCCAUCCAUCCAUCCAUUUGUCCAUCCGUCCAUUGUGUUUAUCUAUCUCCUGUCUUCAUGCCUCUCCCUCUGUCAGGAGGAGCGCAGGCAGCUGUCCAGUAUGUUGGGUUGUGAGAUCUCCUCCAUGCUCUGUGUCCCUGUGGCGAGCAGGGCCACGGGUCAUGUGGUGGCACUAGCCUGUGCCUUCAACAAGCAGGGUGGGCAGAGACACACGGAGGCAGAUGAGCAUGCCAUCCAGCACUGCUUCUGCUACACUUCGACCGUCCUCACUUCAACUUUAGCCUUCCAAAAAGAACAAAAACUCAAAGUGGAGUGCCAGGCGCUCCUACAAGUGGCCAAGAAUCUCUUCACACACCUGGAUGAUGUGUCAGUGCUGUUACAGGAAAUUAUUGUGGAGGCCAGGAACCUUAGUGAUGCAGAGAUUUGUUCAGUGUUCCUCCUGGACCGACUCAGUCAUGAGUUAGUAGCCAAGGUCUUUGAUGGUGGCGUGGUUAGUGAUGAAGAGAAGGAGUUCCGCAUCCCAGCAGAUCAGGGCAUUGCAGGCCAUGUUGCAACCACUGGUCAGAUUUUAAACAUUAAGGACGCCUACUCCCAUCCUCUCUUCUACCGCGGCGUGGAUGACAGCACUGGCUUCAGGACUCGCAAUAUCCUCUGCUUCCCCAUUAAAGAUGAGAACAAUGAGGUGAUUGGCGUAGCUGAGUUGGUGAACAAAAUGAAUGGGCCGUGGUUCAACCGCUUUGAUGAGGAUUUGGCCACAGCUUUCUCCAUCUACUGUGGCAUCAGCAUUGCCCACUCUCUGCUUUACAAGAAAGUCGGCGAAGCACAGUUCAGGUCCCAUCUGGCCAAUGAAAUGAUGAUGUACCAUAUGAAGGUUUCAGAGGAAGAGGUGUCUAAGCUCCUGGUAACUGGGAUCGAUCCGGUGAUGGAGGUUCACCCGUGCUUCGCUGAGUUCACAUACACGCCACGCUCCCUGCCUGAUGACACCACACCCAUGUGCGUCCUCAGCAUGUUCGAAGACAUGGGCUUCAUCAACACGUACAAGAUUGACAUGCACACUCUUGCCAGGUUCUGCCUGAUGGUGAAAAAAGGCUACAGGGACCCUCCCUACCACAACUGGAUGCAUGCCUUCUCUGUCUCACACUUCUGCUACCUGCUCUAUAAAAACCUAAAGCUGUCCAACUACCUCGAGGACAUAGAGAUUUUAGCUCUUUUUGUCUCCUGUAUGUGCCAUGACCUGGAUCAUCGAGGCACAAACAAUUCUUUCCAAGUGGCCUCGCAAUCAGUACUGGCUGCUCUCUACAGCUCAGAGGGAUCUGUGAUGGAGAGACAUCACUUUGCCCAGGCUAUUGCUAUUUUAAACACUCAUGGCUGCAACAUAUUUGAGAAGUUUUCCAGAAAGGACUACCAGCGGAUGUUGGAUUUGAUGAGAGACAUAAUUCUAGCCACUGACCUAGCACAUCACCUUCGCAUUUUCAAGGACUUGCAGAAGAUGGCUGAUGAUGGAUACAAUCCAAAACGCCGGGCACACCAUUCUUUGCUGCUUUGCUUGUUGAUGACCUCGUGUGACCUGUCAGACCAAACAAAGGGCUGGAAAACCACACGGAAGAUUGCUGAGCUGAUUUACAAGGAAUUUUUCUCUCAAGGAGAUCUGGAAAAAGCCAUGGGGAACAGGCCCAGUGAGAUGAUGGACAGAGAAAAAGCAUACAUCCCAGAACUACAAAUCAGCUUCAUGGAACACAUUGCCAUGCCCAUUUACAAGCUGCUGUCUGAACUGUUUCCCGGGGCCACUGAGCUGUACGAGAGAGUGGCGGCAAAUCGUGAGCAGUGGACCAAAGUGUCCCACAAGUUCACCAUCCGUGGGUUGCCUAGCAACAACAGUCUGGACUUCCUGGACCAGGAAUAUGAGCUGCUUCAGUCCCAGGGUGCUUUCGGGAGCGAUGACCACUGCCUCAACGGUUGCCUUGAUGACACAGACGGGGGGAGGGGCCAGUGACGACAUGUUGCACCAAGGAGAGGCCGAGGAUACCUUUCAUUUGCAGUCAAAAAAGGGGACAUUUAUGUGCUGUCAAACCCAUCAGUUACUUGGCAGACCGUGCAGAGCGGAAAGGACUACAUUAAAUAGAAGUGACUGCUGAUCAGAAACAAGAGGAGUCAUCCGAGUCGGACCACCGAUUACAUGCUAUAUGUUGUCUGUGUCAACAAGCUGAGGGAAGCAAAGGAUGAUUUCUUUAACUUUUUCACUGGAAAAAUAGGUUUUUACCACUAGUCGUAAGUUGAAACAUACAUGAAUGAGAGAUCCUUACUGAGAUUAUAAAAAUCUACACACAUAUGUACAUUAAUAUACCACUAAAAAAAAACACAAGUUGGAAAAAAAAGUACUGUGUUAAAGCAGAAACUGCUUCAACAUGUGACAGUGACACGAAGUGCUACACAUUUAGUAAAAUGUUUCAUAGCAGCUUAUAUUGAUUUCAAUGGCUCAGCAAACACACCUAGCAUCCUUCUCAAGUGAUACAUACGAAUGAUUGAUGGAUGACAUCUCAUAUGUUAUUCUUUUUAUCUUACUCACUGUUCAUUUUCCCCAUGUGGUCUGUUUUCAAAUCAUCGUAAUUAUGUUCUCUGUUCUUCAGGGUAUAUUUAAUUUAUUCUUAACCAUGAACUUUGAGUGGAAUUUGACUUUUCCUCACAUUCUAAGGCAACAUUAAAACCUUAUUUAUUGGUUCUUUUUCCCUUGUUGUUUCAUUGGAUUUAAGAACACUUUGACAAUCACCCAUCCCUGCCUCCUCCACAUUAAAAACAAACUAUCUGCACAUAUUGAUUGCACGUGACUAUGUCAAGUGUUCACCUCAUUUACACCUCUUCAGUUUACCAUGCAACUGUAUUUGUUACAUUUCUUUUAGUUAACUUCCUUUCUCAACCCAUUGCAGAUAGAAUAACAGAAGCCCUUUAAAAGAUCCAUCUCAUUCGUUAGUGUAAAUGUGCUAUAGUGGGGUGAGUUAAGUGAGUGUCACUGAGUAUGUCAUAUGGAUCUGCCUUAUUGCGCAUCUUUGCUGCCUUUUGUAGAGCUUUUAAUAUUUCUAAACCUGAAAGAAAGAGUCAGUUUGGUAUAUAUGUUGAAUAUUUGUUAUAGACAUAGCGUGAGUUCCAAUAUGUUGACUGAAUGACUACCAUGCUGCAGUGACUGAUAUUUGUAAAAAUACAUGUUAGGGAGGAUGUUUUGUCAUUUCACUUCUUUCUGUUCCAGCUCAUCUGUACAACCUGCUGCAGGUGUUAUAGGCAGGUAUAAAAACAAUGUUUUUUAUGCACACAGAAAUAAUUUUAACAGAGGAACUAGAGAUGUGGCCAUCAUAGAAAAGUCUCUUUUCUGAAAAGGUCAAUUCACUACUGCUGCGCUCCAAAGGAAAUGACAAGAGAUGUGCUCUCAGAUUUGUGCCUCACAAAAAACCCGUAUCUCCAGAGAGAUUGGGGUUUUGUGUUACAGGAUGCCAUACUUAAAAUAACCUUAAAAUGUUUGACUGAGAAAAUACUGUAAAGUUAGGGUGAGAUAAAACAAAAUAGACUUGUAGCAAGAACAGCUCUGUGUGUGGGAGCUGUGUGUGGACAGCUAAAUGAAUGGAUGACAAGUGGUUGACAUGGAAAAAGAGAAAAAGCAGAAGGUAGUUGCCGUAAGAUCAAGAGAAGAAAGCUAAUAGAGCUGGAUACGGUGACAAAUCUCAAGUCAUCUACUAAAAUUUCUUCUUCUUUUCAUGCAGCAGUAAAAAUAUUGGUGGAACUAAAUUAAGGCAACAGGAAUGCCAUCAUAUGAUUUAAGAAUAUUAUUUGUUUUAUAAAGGAUUUCCUGAGCAUUUAAUUAAGAUGGUUAACUGGGAAAAGUGGUUGUAUGUUUCAUUGGUAUCUAAAUUAGCGGAAUAUGAAUUGGUCUGCCUUGCCCUGCUUCAUGGACUUACUGUAAAGUUUUUUUAAAGGGCAUACAGGUGUAUUUCUAGGUAUGACACUAUUUCUUUCUCACUCUUUCUCUCACUUGUGAUAUUCCCAUUUCUAUGAGUUUUUAAGCCAUUUUUCAUAUGUACCUGCCUUUUUCAUGUGCAAUAUGAAGUGUCUGCCUGUGAUAUUGCAUUGAUACCUAUGUAAAUACCUACGCCUCUUGUUAAAUUAUUGCUUUAGGUCUGAGUUGCCAAAGGCUAAGUGUUAGUUCAUGGAGUUUCCAUUUGAAAAAAAUAAAUAGAGUGUGACUAUUUCAAUCCUAAAAUGCUUUUGAGAGUUCAGACCUUUAACAGUUUUCUAUAAUGGGUGUGCAUCUGUCCUUUUAUGUUUGUUCUAGAGAGUCGGGGCUAAAUGUGCCAAGCAAACAUUUUCUACUUCCUGGCCAAGCUGCAAAGUGCAAACCAGAAAUAACUUAAGAUAUAUUUUGCUCUUUAAUGUCAGGGGGCUGACGAGGCCUAUUAAGUUUUUCGUGAUGUAUUGUGACGGCUUGUCCAUGAAGUACAAAUCCUGUCUACUGUAUUUCUCUUCAUCACAGCAGGAACAGCAGGACUCUAACCUGUGAUGUUAUGUCCUUGUAAUGAUCACGUGUGACAAAAUUGUUUAAAGUGGCAAGAAUAUAAGUGGUGUAAAUAACAAACUUUUAAAUGAAAAUGUUUUUUGACCGUCUGUCAUUAUUACAAUGGGAAGUACAUCAAUCUGUAAUGUAUUUAAAGUGAUUGCUUCCUGUUCCUACUUGUUUUUUUGUUUAUUUUUUCCCAAAGCCAUUUUUGAACAAUCCCAGACUUAGACUUUUACAGAGGGGAUGGAAAAAUUAUAUGUGUAUUUAAGAUAUAAAGAUGAUAUUCUAUCACUAAUAAAAUGGAAAAAAAGCAGACUAACUGUAUGAUGCUUAUACCGAGAACGAAAUUGUUUUGUUGACUUAUGAAUACCAGUGGUCUUGUUCUUUUUCAGGUGUGCGGAACAUGGACAUUUUUGAGAAGAAGGCAAAUGGGUGACAAUUUAAUUUCUUUUCUUGGAAUAAAACUGGUGAAAGGUGUCUUGGUUUCAGUGUUUGU